GACGUUUCCUUUGAUCCGGGGCGAAGUGAAUUGUAAAUGAGCUGGGAUUAGCCCUAUAAAUACUUAAGCCCUACACUGGAGGUGUUGAUCAGUGAACUCAAAGCAACGCUUGCCAGAACACAAACACACAUCUGACUCACUCAGUCACAGGACUUCUGCUGGAAACUCAUCUUUAGGAAGAAGAACUCCACAACUGCCUUGUGUCAAACCGGAUAUCUGGAUUUGGACACAGUUGGUUCGCUAAAAUGAAGGGGCAUUUUUCCAUCGAGUGGCUUUCUCAAAGCAGCCAGACCUUGGCAUCCACACUUCGCUUAAACUCUUGGGUUUCUCCCGGCCAGGAUGUCCCGAACACCUCUGGCACUGCAUCUGAGAGCCUUCCUGGCUUUUACAGCAGACGGAGACCGGAAAACAUGGAGAAUCAGGAGAAACGUAUGGAGCCAGCACAGUCCGGAAACAGUUUGUUGUGUACAUCUACGCAAGAGACUGGGUCAAAUGAGAAUAUCGUCCAGCAACACACUUACGCCUCAGAGCCAGGCUUCAGCAGCAGCACGGAGGAGGAGGAGACAUCAGGGUACGAGAGCGAGGGGGGCCCCUCUCUCUCACCCGGGGCCCCUAAAGCACCGGUCCCAUCAGUGUCUCCCUCUAGUGGCCGCAGACCCCGAACCGCCUUCACCGCGGAGCAGAUCAACAGUCUGGAGAAAGCCUUUAAGAGGAACGCUUAUCUUGGAGCCCAGGACAAAGCUGAGCUCUGCAAAAGACUAAAUCUGUCUGACAAACAGAUCAGAAACUGGUUCCAGAACCGACGCAUGAAGCUGAAACGGACCGUUCAGGACAGUCUGGCUCACGCCUGCCAGGUCAAGGUGGCAUCGCAUAUGAUGCAUUACUCCGAUCUGCACAGUUUCCGUGCCGCUCCGUAUCCCAGCUACUACCCGGCGGUUCAGGAGAGCCCAUCUUACGGCCCGGGAUUCAUCUACAGCCCUGCUGCUUCCGGGGGCCUGCCGACCCUUCCUGUGGAGGCCCUGUAUCGGUACAGCACCCUACAGAGCCUUCCUGUCCAUCCCAGCAACCCGUCCAUGAUGAGUCCAUACCAGCCCUGUCACUCACAGUACUACAACACUCAGUGACACGAGACGAGAAUUGCAUUUGUGAAUACAGGGUGAAGUGCAAUAAAAAUGUGUCAUAUAUAUAUAUAUUUUUUUUUUCCCGUUUUAUUUAAAUAUGAUUGAAAAGUUGUAUUCCGUUCAUGUCUAUGUGUACAAAAGGAGUGUAUAAAUAAAUCAUUUUCUAUUUGACUUCACUGAAAGGUGAAGUGCGUCAUUACAGACUAUUGUUAAAAAGUUUAUCUUUAUGAUUUUAAUUAAUCAGAGAAGGAUUGUUCAAAAAGUGAAUGUAAAGACUAUAAUUCUAUGCAAAAUUUAUAUUUCAAAUCAAUUCUGUUCACUUGAACUUUCUGUUUAUCGAACUGUUUUUAACACUGAUAAUCAGAAAUUUCUGAAGGAUCAUGUGACACUGAAAACUGGAGGAUGAUGCUGAAAAUACAGAUUUGCCAUCUCGGGAAUUACAUUUUAUUUUAAACUAUUCAAAUAGAAAACAAUUAUUUGAAACUGCAAUGAUAUUUUGUAUCAUUACCAUUUUAAAUAUAAUAGAUGUAGUCUUGGACUUUUUCAAAAAACAUUAAAAAGUUUAACAGACCCUAACACUUAAAAA